CAAAAGCUAACGUGAAUCGCUGUCCGUAUAUUCUGAAGCCUUGAGAUAUUACAUAAAUCACUGACUUCCGGGAGGUGCACUCGUACAUUGUCUUGUGUGAAGGAAUGAGCGCUUAUCCUCACGUGCGCCCUCUGAAAACCUCCAAAGCUACCUUCAAAAGCUGGCUGUGUAUUCUGGGGAUGAAAACAUUGAAGGCGCACUCAUACAAGCAAAGGGAGGUGUUCCACGCGCCCUUCUUCACCACCCGGUUCUGUACGGCCUGGACGGGGCUCUUCUGCCCGCUCUGCCUCACCUGCCUCUUCUGCUUCAGGAGGGACAAGGACUCACUCAAGGUCUCCCUCAAAACCAUCGCGCAGAACUUCAGGGACCGCGGCAUCACUUUCAGCAAGUUCAUGACCCGGUGCUGCCUCUUCUGCAUGCUGUGGCUGGUGACAGACUACAUGCACGUCUACUCGCUUCGGAUCCUCGACUGCACUGACGUCAUGGCUCUCUACUCUGCCCACGUCUCCUUCGUGUUCCUCCUCUCGUGGAUGAUCCUGCAUGACCAGUUUGUCGGCGUCAGGACCUCGUCGAGAAGACACACACCUGGGCGUCUCCAGGAUCCUUCUGACACACAGAGAUAGUAUGCAGCCAUCCUUGAGGGCUGAGGAAGGGGAAGGAGUGAAAGGAAGUGAAGAAGAGGCACAAGAAGAGUAGGAAGCUUGUGCAGGGCGGAGAGGAGCAGGUAGUGUGCAGGCUGGAGGAGCAGAGGCUUGUUAGAUGAGAUUACUGGGCGGAAUGGGCGGCACGAGGGAGGUGCGUAAUUACACCAACCAAUAAUGGCAAACGUAAACUUUCGGGUCGUGGCGCCUGAAUUACCGCCAAUAAUUAUCUGGCAGCAGGCGAUUCCCACACCCUGGCCACCGCUUUGCCGCCGCCCGUGACUCUGACUCCCGGCCGGCAAUGCAGCUCGGGUUGUUCCUCCGUCAGUAGAAGCAACUAUAAAGGAGGUUUAGUGGAGGAAAGCUUGUAUUGUUGUCAGUGUGGCGGGUUUAUGUUAUCACGUGCAGUUGUAUGUAUCGAGAACACCUGAACAUCAUUACCUGUAGUUGUUUAUAUCGAGAACACCUGAUUCGCUUCUCGUGAUAAGUUAUGAUGGUCUUAAUCAGUGAAUCGUUUUGUCUCUAACAUCAUGCACCGUUGCUGUCAUAAACUGCGUUCUGCUUUUGUUGCUUUUCUUCCUCCUCUUCUUACUCUUUAUUUUCCUCCUUCUCUUCCUUCUUUUUUAUUUUUCUCCUUCUCCUUGUUCUUGUUCUUGUCCUCUUUCUCGCUCUUUCACUUCUCUCUCUCUCCCUCCCCUUCUCUUCCUCCUCCUCCUCCUUCUCCUACUCCUCCUCCUGCCUCCACACAGACACACUUCCCCCCUCUUGCAUUUCCAUUUCCACACCUAUAAUUGCGCUACAAACAGCAACAUAACAGCAACAACAAAGACAACAAAAUGAGGGCAACAGUUCACUCCACAGACUGCCUUUACUAUGCGUCUCUUGACACGGACAGAGUAACAUCAAUGAAAGAUCAGAAGUGAGGGACAACUGACACUGCCUCUGUGAAACGCACCAGUGGAAACAAACUCACCCCAACCUCGUCUUUUGCGUCUUCCUCCCCCACCGACGCCUUGAAGAUUAAUUAGAGCGUGUCCAAGGAAGGAAGGGGGAUUUUGCAGGUUGGUUUGCUGUAUUACUAUGGCCAGUGGAUAUCGGGUGGACGAGAAAGACGCUUACUGGGGUCUGGUGGGUAGUCUUCAUGUGUGAUAUGGGUGGAAACUGUACUCGGGAAGGUGGCUAUACAUAAAUUCAGUUGCUUCUUAGAUAUAUUGAGUUAAUUCUUAGAGAUAAUUAAGUAGGGAUGCUUGAAAGGUUUAGAUUUUGAACGGUAUCGCUUUGGUGGUUUUGAGAAGAAAAUCAGAGUUCAUUUUUGGGAAUUACGGUAUGAAUGAUGUGUGUGUGUGUGUGUGUGUGUGUGUGUGUGUAUGUGUGUGUGUGUGUGUGUGUGUGUUAAAGUUUCAUGUUUACUGUACAUCUUUUCCUCUUCACUGUGAAAUGACCAGAGAGAGA